CUCUCUUACCCGUUUUCCCGGCCAUAAACGACAAGCCGAGUGCCUUUGAGAGGCACCCACUUUCAUAUAUUUAUGGCUACCACUACGCUCCGACCUGAAACGUCCCAGGAGCUUUUCGCCGACAGCAUGAAGCUCUUCGGGAGCACAACCGUCUGCGGCAUCUUCUAUGGUUUCAUGACCGUCCUCGCCGCUGCCUGCAUCCACGCUUUCUUCCACUGCACCCCGUGCGGAGAGCCAUCCAGGCUCAGGCUCACCCUCCAAGUUGGGUACGUCACGCUCUUGUGGAUAUGCGGAACACUCUACGUGGCCUCCAUGGCGCGGACGGUGCAAGACGGAUAUGUCGCACUUCGAAUGCAGUUGCAGAGCCCGGCGGAGUGGAGCGACUUUCAACUGCCGGAGUUCAUCCUCGCAGACGCAUCUUAUAUGGUGGCGAACUGCCUCGCCGACGGUCUUCUGCUUUGGCGCCUUCGAGCGGUAUGGUACAAGUCAAAGUGGUAUCCAUACCUACUGCCAUGUUCUGUUCUCCUGUACUUGGCUGUUGUCGCACUCGAUUUCAUGGCAGUUGCAGCCGACUCCCUGCCAGGGAAGACUUUCUACUCUGCAGAUGCAUUCAAGAUGACGAUCCCAGCUUUCGUCACUUCUGUUGUCUUCAACGUUUUCACAACAUCGCUCAUCGCAGGCCGCCUUUAUGCCUUCCGUCGCUGGCUUACUCAAACAGUUGGCAAGCGCUUUCUUCAUCCAAAGCACUUUACCAAUAUCACCCCAAUCAUCCUCGAGUCCUCUGCGCUCUUCACCGUCACGUCCGCUAUCUUCACGGGACUCUACCUUGCUCGUCAUCCGGCUUACUAUCUCAUGAUCGCUGUGCUGUCCCAGGUACAGAUCAUCGCCCCGCUGCUCGUGAUCCUUAGGAUAUCAUGGGGCAUUGCAUGGGAGCCAGACGUAACGCUUUGCACAAUCGCGGUCGAUGGCGGCCAGGUUUUGCGGAGAGAUGACCAUUGUUGUGUAAGCGUGGUAGAUAGCCCCAAGAUAGCGGGGCGCGAGAGCUUCAGAGAUAGUCACGCCAACGUAACGUGAGGUAUUUCUAAUGAUAACAUUGUAAUUAAUACAGAGUUUCGAUGUUAUUCC